CCUCCUUCCUCUCGGAACAAUCAACGGUAGAAAACCGUUCCUGUCGGACCUAUUUUUGCGUCGAACUCUUACUUCCGGCAGAUCACUUAGUCGCAAAGGUGAAAGUAGCAGUUUUACUUGUUUAAUUUUUUCUCCUUGUUUAAAUUUUCUGACUGACACCGCAGGGCAUGGAUCCUCUGGGAGUGCAGAACUCGGGAACUAACUUUAAACAACCAAAGCCCUAUCCUGGACGGGUUUUUAAGCAGUUGGCUAUUAUUAAACAGAGGAGCUAACCGGUUGGCUAGCAAUUAAAGACACUCGUUGCCUAGAAUCACCAACCCUGUGGCGGUUCGCUCUCUGUGGGCUACUUAAGUUUUAGAAUCUUUACUAAGUAAACGUCUCUCUGUAAAGAAGGAGCAAGCAAUUCCAUGUGGUCGCAUUGGUUUAUUAUGAUAUUUUAAUGGGAGGCGGCUUCCUUUGGAGGACUUCACACCAGGGGCGCGAGCUGAGAAGAGGAAGGCGAACUUCGCUGUCUGUUGGGCUCCCAUGGAGUCUUUGGCCGGCUACGUUUAUAAGGCAGCCAGCGAGGGUCGGGUCCUGACACUGGCCGCACUUCUACUCAACCACUCUGAGGUGGAGAUUCGGUUCCUCCUGAGCUAUGUGUCUCAUCUGGCCGGCCAAAGGUCCACUCCUCUUAUCAUCGCAGCACGGAACGGACACGACAAUGUGGUGCGUCUUCUCCUGGACCACUACAGAGUGGACACGGAACAGACCGGCACCGUCCGGUUCGACGGGUAGCUACAUCAUUGAUGGGGCCACAGCGCUGUGGUGUGCAGCCGGAGCCGGACACUUUGUGGUGGUUCACCUCCUGGUGAGCCAUGGCGCUAACGUCAACCACACAACCAUUACCAACUCCACGCCCCUCCGGGCUGCCUGCUUUGAUGGCCGACUGGACAUCGUCCGGUACCUGGUGGAACACAACGCCGACAUCAGCAUCACCAACAAGUUCAACAACACCUGCUUGAUGAUCGCUUCCUACAGGGGCCAUGUGGACGUGGUUAAGUUCUUGUUGGAGCGGGGUGCCGAUGUCAAUGCCAAAGCUCACUGCGGGGCCACGGCCCUGCACUUCGCAGCAGAGGCAGGCCAUCUAGAAAUUGUGAAAGCGCUGAUGGACUCGCAGGCUGCCAUGGCGAUGAAUGGACAUGGCAUGACGCCGUUAAAGGUAGCUGCAGAGAGCUGUAAAGCUGAUGUGGUGGAGCUGUUGAUGGGUCAUGAUGACUGCGACGCUCCCAGUCGCAUCGAAGCCUUGGAGCUGCUGGGGGCGUCUUUUGCCAAUGACCGGGAGAACUAUGACAUCCAGAAAACAUACCACUACCUUCACAUGGCCAUGACAGAGCGCUACCAUGACCCUGACAACAUCAUUGUGAAGGACUUGAUGCCACCCAUUGAAGCUUACGGGGGGCGUAGUGAGUGUAGAACGCUCCAGCAGCUGGAAGCCAUCCGGGUGGACAGGGAUGCCUUGCACAUGGAGGGGCUCAUGAUUCGGGAACGCAUCAUGGGCUCAGACAACAUUGACUUGUCACAUCCCAUCAUUUACCGAGGAGCGGUCUGUGCAGACAACAUGGAGUUUGAUCAGUGUAUCAAACUGUGGCUUCAUGCCCUUCGACUCCGGCAAAAGGGGAACCGCAACACGCACAAAGAUUUGCUGCGCUUCGCCCAGGUAUUCUCCCAGAUGGUGCACCUGAAGGAGGUGGUGUUGGCCUCGGCAGUGGAGCAGGUCCUCAGCUGCAGUGUUCUGGAGAUUCAGCGCAGCAUGGCUCGAGUUGACACAGCGGCUGAAUCCGAGCUGACGCAGGCCAUGGAAAAUUAUGAAUCCAAUAUUUUUACUUUUCUUUAUUUGGCCUGCAUCUCCACUAAGACGAACUGCAGUGAUGAGGAGCAAGCCAAGAUUAACAAGCACAUUUACGACCUGAUCCAGCUGGAUCCACGGACAAGUGAAGGCUCCUCGCUGCUCCACCUGGCCAUCAGCUCCAGCACACCUGUUGAUGAUUUUCACACCAAUGACGUGUGCAGCUUCCCUAAUGCCAAGGUGACCAAGCUGUUGCUGGACUGUGGUGCUCAGGUAAAUGCAGUGGAUAAUGAAGGAAACACUCCCCUCCACGUUAUUGUCCAGUACAAUCGACCAAUCAGUGACUUCCUCACUCUACACGCCAUCAUCAUCAACUUGGUGGAGGCCGGGGCCCACACAGAUAUGACCAACAAGCAGAAGAAGACUCCGCUGGACAAAAGUACCACAGGUGUGUCUGAGAUCCUGCUGAAGACCCAGAUGAAAAUGAGCCUUAAGUGCCUGGCAGCGCGUGCUGUCCGACAGCACCAGAUCACUUAUCGCAACCAGAUUCCCAAAACUCUGGAAGAGUUUGUGGAGUUCCACUGAACUCGGAUCAGAAAACUCCACAGAGUUAGGGCCACAUCUGUUGUUUCUUUCAAAGAAUUGAUUCACAAGGUGCUGAAAGCAGUUCACCAGUAAAGCUUUUUAAAGCAUUUAUAUGUUGAUUAAAAAAAUAUUUUUUAUAAAGGUUUUUGCAGACUUACACCUGCAGAAACAGGCUGUCCUGGUUGAUGUGCGUAGAUUUGCUUCUACGGCUCUUUUUUUUUUUUUUUGCAAUAAACCAGAGAAAUUCCCUUUAAGUUCUGCAGAGAUUUUCUGACGGUUUUGGUGAAUGUGUAUUUUUAAAAUUCAGAGAAGACAGCGGUAGUCUGUUUUAUGCUUUCAUCCUUUGCGUUAUGUCGUAUAUGCCAGGUUACUGUGAAAAGGUUGUCAGACAAAAUGAACGAGUGCCUGUGAAGAAAUGCACAGCCAGCCUAGCUUGGAUUCCCUGUAUUCAUCUAAUGAAUUGUAUUUUUUAGAAUGAAAACCAUUUUAUUGGAUUUAUUUAAAGAACUUUCUUAAUCUGCUCAGAAAAAAGAAACUUGAACAGAAUUAGGCCGUUUGGUCAAACUAUUGGACAUGUUCAAGAAAAUGGUUUUUUUUUUUUUUUUUUUUUUUUUUUACACCUAUUUGCACGAUUUUAGAUAUUUCAUUUAAAUGUCAUUUGAAACAAAGUUUUUGGUUUUCUAUUUCUCUGACUCAUCAAUGCAUUGAACAGAAUUUUAAAGAUUUUUAAGGGGUCAUUCUGUGGGGUGGCAUGAGCCAGGGGUCAGGUUUAUGACCCGGUUAUGUUUUGUAUUCUGCUCUAUGAGUGGAUGUGUGUAUUCUCUGUAAAAUCAUCCACACACACACAAUGCACCUUCUGGAUAUGCCCUGGUUAUGCAUUUAUGAGGCAUGUUGUCUCUAAAGACUUUCUCAAAGUUUUGACUGUGUUGGAAAUGUCAGACACUCCCAACCACUGUCUAAAAACACUAUUGGCAAUGACCAAAUGCCCCCUGGUGGCCAUUUUAGAAUUAGCAGCUCCUUGCAAAUGAAAUCCUUAACUUGCUGCUCUGCAUGUUUGGCAAAUUAUGGCCAUUUUUUUUAUCUUGCUAACUUUUAUGUUUGUAAAUUAUUGCAUGAGGGUGAUUGGUGCUGUAAUAUUUUUUCCCCUUGGUAUUAUUGGUAAAUUAUCAAUAAAAACCAGUUUAAGUUGA